CAGCGCACCAUCUUGAUCCGCAACUUGCCAGAUAGGGCUUUCCAUCAAGACAUUGUUGAUGCGGUGCGAGGAGGUGCUCUUCUACAUAUUUAUAUCCGAUCUCGGGAGCGCACAGCAAAUGUGUCAUUCGUGGAAGAGACGGCUGCCCAAGAGUUCCUCCAGCAUACAAAGACAUACGGUCUCUAUUUGGCCGGGAAGCGCGUGGAGGUUUCUUGGAGCGAACGUCAAUUUUACCUUCCACCUUAUGUCAGAGCCAAGAUCAACAAUGGGGCUUCAAGAAAUCUAGUCAUUAACAAUGUGAAUCCAAACAUGACAGAGUCGCACAUUCGCAAUGAUCUUGAACAUAUCCAUAAUCUCAUUGUCAUUUCGGUCAGAUUUCAACAAGGCAAUGCUUACAUAUCCACAAACUCCGUCCAUAAUGCACUGUUUGCUCGCUCUUGUAUGAUGUCACGUUUCGUCUACAAGGGCACGAGAAUCGGAUUCUACCCGGAUGAUUGUGCGGAACCUCUGCCCCAAAUGCCUAUAGUGUCGAAGAAAGACAUGUUACAAGUUCCUCCGAAGAAACCAGUUUCCGCACUCAAUCGUUUUCAUCUUCUUUCCCUUGAUGGCACCGAGGAAGAAGAGAGCGAUAGCUAUGAGAACAUACCAGAUGAUCUGAACGGUCACCCUUCGUUAUAUGGCGGUAUUUGCUGGGCAGAUAAUAGCGUAUACGCCUAG